GCUGCGCUUGUUUUUGCACACAGUCUGCGCAGCGGGGACGCCGCCAGGACGCACUCCAACAAAUCCAAAGACUUCCGCUUUAUAACCGGCGUGUUGCAAGAGCGCAGUGGACACAAACACAAGGUUAUAAACCGUGAUGAUGGAUUCCCCACCCACAAAGGAGCAUAAAAGAAAAAGUCCUGAGCGGAGGGAGCCGCUGGAGUCUCCACUGCCCUCCAUCUCAGAGCGUCUGGCAUACCUGCGACCGUCCCGAGAGCUGCUGGAGUUCUACAGGCAGAAGGUGGCACAGUUUGACGGAGAACACGAGGAUCUGCUGCAGAUGCUGGAGAAAUACAGGAGCACCGCUGAGGAGCAGCAUAAGUUGCAAUGGGAGGUGCGUCAGCGUGAAGAGGAGAUUGUAGAGCUCCAGAAAGCCCUCAGUGAUAUGCAGGUGUAUCUGUUCCAGGAGAGAGAGCAGGCGCUGCGACUGUACGCUGAGAACGACCGCCUCAAAAUCAGAGAGCUGGAGGACCGGAAAAAGAUCCAGCAUCUUUUAGCGCUAGUCGGUCCAGAUCCUGGCGAGAUCACCUAUUUUCACCGUGAGCCUCCACACAAGGUCACUAUUCCUCAAAAGAAGAUCCAGCCGAGAUCCCAGGACGAAUCCAAGGUGGCAAAACCAAGGCCUGUAUCAGUAAGAGGAACAAGCAGGAAGUCGUCCAAAGAUGGAGAAGACACCACAAGUUCAGAGCAGUACAAGAGAGACAAUCAGACCUUACUGCUACAGGUGGAGGCGCUACAGGCUCAAAUGGAGGAACAGACGCGGCUGGCUAAAGAGCAGGUGGAGGCGCUGCUGGAAGACAGACGCAUACACCUGGAGGAGAGGCAGGUGCAGCACCAGAGAGACCAGGAGAGAAUCACAGCCCUCACUGACAAACUCCAGCGCACACAGAAUCUUCUAUAUGAGAGCACGAGGGAUUUCCUGCAGCUGAAGUUUGAAAGUCGAGCUCAUGAGAAGGGUUGGAUGGUGGAGAAGGACUGCCUGCUGAGAGAGCUGGACUCCUGUCAGGAGAGACUCCGAGAGGCACGCGAUUACCCUGAGCAGCCUCCUCUAUCCACAGAUGUUCUAUUUCUCACACAGCCCAGCCACGAGUCCAGCCAGACACACCGGGAGGAGAUCAGGGCUUUGCAAGAGGAACUGAAACAGGCUCAUAAACUGGCCGACAUGUACCGAGAGCAGUGUGUGACUCUAGAGACCGAACUGUCUCAGAUCAGAGAAGAGGGCGAUGUGGGCCGAGAGAUCUUCAAAGAGCGCUCUGAUAAGAUGGCCAAGCGUCUACAGUUGAUGACUCAACGUUAUGAAGCCCUGGAGAAGAGACGGGCCAUGGAGGUGGAGGGAUUCAAGACCGACAUCAAACACCUACGACAGAAAGUCAAAGAUGUGGAGAAAUAUCUCUUCAAAGUGACACUUAACGUGGGUCCUAAUCAGGACUUGGCAAUUCUCCAUGAAGUGCGGCAGACCAACAGCCGCACGAAAAAAGUCCAGGACGAGCUGAAGACCCUCAAGGCAAAAAUCUACAAACUGGAGAAUGACCUGAGAUACAGCUGAGGCCAAAAUGGUUACAGUUUAAUGAGCCACUUGCAUAUGUUUUAAAAUGUGACGUUAUCACCCAGUAAGUAUAGUCCAACAAAAAAGCCCAGCAACGUCUCACUGGUUUUUUAAUAUUUUUUUAUUAUUAGUGUUUCACCAAAUAUGUGUCCGUUCCUGUGAGUUUUCUGAUCUGAUGUAUGAAGAACUCCUAAAAGACAAGAGUGCAUGAUGUAUGAAUGCAUAUAAAGAAAGCUGGAUGUUGUAGAAGUGUGUACUUUAUUUGUGCUUUUGCAUUAUUUCUAUAUUUGAAAGAUAAAGGAUGAUUUUUUUUAUUCAGUUGCAAGUGAUUCAACAUUUGAGUGAAUGACAAACACACACAAAAUAAGACCAAGAUUCAUUUUAUAGCUUUGAAUUCUCAAGACAAAUACAAUACUGGAAAUGCUUGGAAUGAAUUUUACACAUUUUGGCUGACAAAAAUAUUUCACCCAAAAAUGUAAAAUAUAUUUUCUUUUGUAUUAGGAAAAUUACUGUAAUACGAAAAUACCUCAAUCUCAUUUAUUUAUUGAAUUUAUACAUUAGUUCAAUUUUUUUUUCAUUACAGUAAUUUUCUUUAUGCAAAAUAAAAUGUUUACAAUUAUUUAAAAUGUAUUAAGCACAAUUCCUCCAAGUUUCCAUAAUAUGAAAUUCCAUUAAUGUGAAAAUCCCUCAAAAUUAAUUAUUACAGAUAGUGGAUUUUACCAAUACCGAUAAAUAAGGUGGUGGAAAAGACUGAUAACCGGUUAAACGGGCAAUACUUUUAUAGAUUAGAUAGAUUUAUAGGAUAAUAAAAAAAAAUAUAUCCUAGUCUUUCCUUAUUAUGGCGAACACAAACAUUGUGGUUAAGAGAGCUCAAAAUGAACAAAAUCCCAAUAAUAACUAGAGAAAUUAAAGAUUUGUUGCAUAAGGCGGGACAUUUUACUAUAAACAAGCCCGAAAUACGCCUGGGACUCUUAUUUUGAAAUAAGAGACUUGGCAACCAUACAACGCUCUAUACCCAAGUAUUUACCAAAUGAAGCUUUUUAGAGCCUAAAAAGCUUCAUUUCUUCAAAAUUCACCUGAUGAGUUUUUAUAUAUUUCACCAGAUGAGGUUCAUUGAUAUGGAAUAAAAACAAUCAGGGGAAAAAACUGAAAUAAAAUCCCGGCAAAGAUUUUUUCUGAAAACCGAUAGUUCCAAAAAGCAACUAUCGGCCCGAUUAAUUGGUAAAACAUAUAUAUAUAUAUAUCAGUCUAAUUUUAAAUAAUUUCUUUCUUUUUAUUAAAGAAACCUGGAGAGAGAAUUGUGCUUAAUUGUCAUGAAAAUCGUGACGCAAUGCAUAAAAAUAGGGUUCAUUUUCUGUUUGCAAAAUAUCUGACACAGACAUUAAUGAAAUUCACCCAAACAUUGAAACAAAUCGUCCUGAGCACAGCAAAGUGGUGACCUUGUCAAGUAUUCUUGAAAAGUCACCAGACCAUUGUCUAGUUUUGCCUUAUACCGUUUGUUUCCCUCAGAAAACAACAUCUCAAAAUGAGAGUUUCGUCAUUUGAAAUUAAAACAAAUAUAUUGCACAGUAGUGUAUGAUGUACCAUUGUUAUUACAUGGCAAUAAUAUUAACGGUACAAGUUUAACACAAAAACAGCCAAAAUAUAUACAUAGUAAACUAAAACCCACAAAUAGUAAAACACCACUGAGCUGUAACAGCAUAAAAUAUUUCGUAGGGGAACGCAACACUGAAAGCUGCACAUGUACCUUUAAACCUCAGUGAUGGUGACCGCAUUACUUCAACAAAGACAGAACAGUUUUAAAAAUGCAGUUCAUUUGCUCCUGAGGCACAAAGUGCAUUGUCACUUCAUACUUGAUAAAAAAAAAAGAAAUGUAGAAACUGGUUUUAAUGGUAGUCUUGAAACUUUGGCCCUUUUGGUGUAGCAGUAAAGCACAAGCUGCACACUUGGAACCGUCAGGAUGGCCGUCCAGACGGCAAACAUUUAUUUGACUCAUUUUUACUCAACAGGCCUUCUGUAAAAGUGUCUGUUCAUUAAACGACAGAUUAUUCCUCGGCCGCACAGUUCCAGACCAGCAGAAACCAUUCUGAGUAGAGUGAGGUCCACUGGUAUCAAUAGUGCCCUAGAGUUAUGUAAUAUGUGACAAACCCAAAAAUGAAAAUUCUGUCAUCAUUUACUCACCCUCAAGUUGUUCCAAAUGCAUAACAUUUUCUUUUUUUCCAUGGAACACAAAAGGAGAGUUCCAAAACUGACAAUGCACUAUAAAAGCUACAUGAAAGCAGUCAAUACAAUUUGUGCACUUCUGAAGCCGUAUGAUAGUUUUGCAUGAGGAAAAGACCUUCUGCCGCCAUAGCACUCAAAUUUCUUUGAGUCAUAUGGACUAAUUUAAUAGUGUUUAUAUUUCAUUUUUAGAGCUUGAUAGCAACUGUUUACAGUCAUUUGCAUUUUAUGAAAAAGAGUGGGGAAAUAAUUCUAAUUCACAACUUAUCAUUACUGAAACAAAAGUUUCGACAUACAAGAAAAUUUUAUCAAUUAUUACAUGCAAAAUCUGAUCAUUUAUCCUUAGAUCAAUCAUUAGACAUUUUGUUUCUUGUGAUGUGUUCAUUUGUGCUAACACCUUUCAUGUUCCCGGUCAAAAAUGACCGACUAACUAAGAUCGUUUAUAAAUCUCUCAUAUUGCAUAUUUUAUUACAAGAUAAUGCAUUAUAUCUUUUUAUCAGCUUCUUUUUUAGUAAUUAUGACAGGUGUUGUACUUCUUUUUUGAGCAUAUUUUAAAAUAUAUAUAUUUUUUAUGGAUAGAACAAUUAAUUGAUCUGAGCUUAUACUGAGCCAGUGGGAAAAAUUGCAGACAAAAUGUAUAAUAAUAAUAUUUAUGUACCAUAAUAAAUUCAUAACCACUUGCUUGAUCUAAACAAAAUAGUUGUCAUUUUAAAAGCUUAGAAUCUGGACUUUACAGUGCAUAUAGCUGAUUCUACUAAUUCUUAAAUAAUGCUUUUUAAUUUGCUGACAAAUUAGAACUGUUUUGCUCUCAUAAUUUGCAAAUUUGUUAUCACAACAAUUAUUUUCAGAGUUGGUAAAAACAAAAAUUAGAUAGCCAUGUGUUUUAUCUUGUUGGAAAGAUCUCAAUUAGUAAAAUGCAAUGAGCAAAUUUUUCACUCAGAGGCAAAACUGCAGUGAGUAUUAGUGUAUGAAAUUCCCACUGACACACAAAUAUAAUAAACAGGAGUGUCUUUUUGUCACGUUUUUACUUAUUACUUCCGAAACAUGCAUAUAGCAUAGACAAUGACAUUUCGUAACUUACAACAGACUAUCCUGAUUCAAACGAGCCCAAACACAACAUAAUAUGAUGAGUAGAUCUUGAAAUAUUCUUCAAAGAGUGUACAUGGAAAGACGAUGGACAAAAGGGCUCUCAUGUCUGAGGACUUUAUGUGUGAAACACACAUCCACAUACUAUAUGUGCUCAUCUAAAGGGUUGGGAUGCUUCUGAACACUUAAUAUUUCUGUAUUUUGUAGUCUAAUCCAUUCAUUUCCAAUGGCCGGUCACUUUAGACCGGGAACACAACAAGUGUAACAAAGUGAAAUAAAACCAAUACAAUUUUAUGAAAAUGAUCAAAUGUGUGUUCAGAUGCCCUGUGUGAACAAAUUCAAAAUUUAUGAGAUAAAUUGUUUCUUUUUCAAGAAAUUUUGAGAGUAAUGAUUUAUUUAUUUUUAGAGCAUUUUUUAAAGAAGUUGCUCAGCUUCUCAGAUUUUUUAACAGGGUUUUGUGUGUUUUUCUGGACAUGCUCUAGAAAUGGUUUUUGUGCAAUAAAUUAAUUAAAUGUGCAUUGAUUACACUGAUAACAGAAUUCCAUUUUUAUGUUGCAAAAGAAAAAAACAUUUUUUUUCGGACAUUCUGCUAAACAUCUCCUUUCUGUGUUCUAUGGAAGAAGAAAAAAAAUCAAACAGGUUUGGAUCGACAUGAGGGUGAGUAAAUAUUCCUUUAAUCCCUUUAGGUGAAGUUCUGAUACCAUAACAACUGCUUUCACAAACCCUUUACCACCAUUCAGUAAACAUAAACUAAUGUGGUGCUUUUGGACAUCAAUGAGAGGACAAUGAAUUUUCACAAGUUUGUGUUGAAUG